AUGCCGAAAACAAUUCCGUCCAAGAGGGCCAUUAAGAGCACCUCAAAUCCCCUCACCAGCUCCGGGAAGAGGCCCAGCAAGUCAGUAUCCCUCGGCUCAGAUCGAAAACGGAGGGCCUCAUCGUCGACCGUCUCCAGCCUCUCCUCAGUCACAUCAAUGGAAGGACUGAGCGACGAGGACGACGACGCGAAUGAUUCAGAAGAUGCAGACGACGAAGAUGACCAGCCGAUUCUCCUUACCCCGUCUUAUAGGAACCAUAAGGCGGGGAUGAAGUCAGCUAAACGUGCACAGCAAGCCGCGUCCGAUGAUGACAGCGAACACGAAAUAAGCGAUGGCCCUGACUUGGAAGACAGCUCUGAUGAUGUCUACGCCGCCGUGGACUACAUUAGCGACGGCGAUGACGAAGAACAAGAUGUUGAAAUACUGGAAGAACUUAUGAUCUUAGAAUCAGAAGAUGAACAUGAACUCUCGAGCGCGGCCAACACGGGUGCAUCUGAAGUUCAUGACUGGGCUGGCCCCAGUGUCUUCAAUGAUGAUUUAAUGUUCACCGGAGCACCCUUCUUCGAUGAACAGCAGCUAUACAGUGCCAUGGAGGCCUUUGGGGAGACCGAUGUAGCAAGUGAGACCGCAGUAGAGACUCCCGUACCGCGCCGGGUGCAUUUCGAAGAGGACUCCGAUUCGUCGUCCGACAGCGAUUCUUACACCGAAGAUGAAAUUCCGAGUGAUUUUCUUCAACAGGACAGUCUCGACCCGCAGCUCCGUCGCAUGAUCGAGAGCGACAGCAAUGAGGUUGGACGCCGCUCAUCCCGUCGGCAGUCUGAUGAGAUCUACGCAGACUCAGACUACGGCCAUUCUAACAUCUACCAUGUCGAGUCCGAUGGCGCCGUCUCCGAGGGCUCCUCAAGUGGCUAUGAGACCGACGAUGGCGAGACUACAGAUGAAGACCUCCCCCCUCCAGCCACCAUUACCCACCCACGAUCCAUUCUCCGCCGCGACUCAUCCGCGUCUUUGGCCGCUGCGAUUGAAGAAAAAACCGAGCCUACUCCCCGACGAAGAAGAGGGCCCCUCAUGGGUACUUUUGUUGCGGACCCUCAUAAACCAGUUGCUCUUGUCGACUGCACUGGCAAGCAUCUUGUCAUUAUACCCGCGUAUGCUUCGUCUCGCCAUGACUGGCUUGAAUCCGCGGCCACUAGCGUUUGCGGCACCGCGAACAAUAGCCCACGAGCGACGACCAUGCAUCUUAUUGACGAGAGCGACACCGAUGCUCUCAUCUCCCCAAAUAUGGAUCUUAGCCCUAUGCUGGCGUCUAGUGCCAACCUAAUGAUGACGGCUCUGGGUAAUGACGUUGCGCCAGGCGGCCAGGUUAUGGGUCCCCCAGAAGCCUUUUAUCCAUCUCGCGAUUUUGCGAUCGACAGUUCUUUUGAGGAUGAGGACGAAGACGAGGACCCCGAAGCACAACUGAACGUCGACGACUUUAUUGACUUUGGCGGUGACUCCUCUGACGAAGAACUCGACAAAGAAUCAGAUGAGGAAGCGAUGGGGUCUCCAAUGACAGUGGUACCGGUGGGCAGCACAAAUGGGACCCCGACCCCGAAUCGUGGGGCCGACCCGCACCAGACGAACAGUGCGGAGCGGUUCUUGAACCACCUCGAUCGGGGAAUUGUGACGGCGUUCCGUCGAAAUCACAAUCGCUACCAGGCGCUACUGCGACUUCCACAGCACCGGGAAUUCAUGCCUGCCAACUCGCCUUCCCGCCCAGCGAGUGUGUUCCGACACGCCCGACAUGCAGAUCAGCGCACGCCUACAAGAAAACGCAAGGCCAGCGGGAAUGCGGGCGGGGAAGCAGUGCGGCGAAAGCUUAUGAACGCUCAGCGACACAGUCAGUUACCGUUUUAG